AGCGGAGUAAAGUCGUUACGUCACGCGAAUCAGCGCACGCGCACGUUACGGUGUUAUAGAUCGUUUAAUAAAAACCAGUGUGUCAAAACGGAUGUGGUUUAUCAGUGGUGAAUAGAAAGAUCUUGGGGACAUAUAAAUGACGAAUAAAAAACAUCUAAAAACAUCGAGAAAAAAUCUGUGUCUACUAAAUCAACGUCAGCCAAGGUCUUUCUGAGGCAAAACUAUUUCGUAUUAGAAGUCCGUAAUUUACACGUGUUCCCUUGUUCAAAUAAGUGAAAAAUAUAACCUCUUUUUAUGAAGUGAGUCAAAUAUGUGCGACCAGCAACUUUUAAGAGAGAGUUCCUUGAGGAAACCGGGGAAUUCGAAGAAGAGAAAUCGCCAUGUUUCUAUCACUGUGCCGAGUUCAGACAGGAACAAGCCAUACAAAGUCCGAACGAAGGCAAUAAUUAUAGCCCUGGUGGUACUAGUGUUCGUCUCAGCUCUGAGCGGGUACCUCAUCGGCAGCGGGGACUACAGAGCCUGGAAGAGAUCCGAGCCCCCGGACCCGGUCAGACCCCUGCAGCCUUCAGCUUCAAAACUACACGUGUUCCAAAAAGCUGCAGUGUGCACCGACGCGCCACAAUGUUCCCUGAUUGGCAGAGAAAUACUCCAGAAAAAUGGUUCCGCGGUAGACGCGGCCAUCGCAGCUAUGUUCUGCAACGGCCUUCUCAACCAGCAGAGCAUGGGUUUGGGAGGGGGUUUCUUCAUGACGGUCUACAUCAAGAGCGAGGAGAAGGCGUAUACUGUCAACGCCAGGGAAUCCGCGCCUGGGGCCGCUACCACGGACAUGUUCCAUGGGAGUGCUGAUAAGGCCACGAAGGGUCCAUUAGCUGUAGGUGUACCAGGCGAGUUGCGUGGGAUGUGGGCGGCGUACCAACGGUGGGGCAAACUCCCGUGGGACAGCCUGGUCACUCCAGCUAUCGAGAUCUGCCGGAACGGGUUCAUCAUGUCCAAGGCGCUUCACGACGGCCUGGAGAGCGCCCCUUUUAUCAAAAAUGAUCGACAUUUAAGGAAAAUGUACUACGACGCAGACAAGGGCCAGUUCUACCGACCAGGGAGCCUGGUGAAGCCUAGUGAGCCACUCUGUGCCACUCUUCAAAGGAUAGCUGAGAAAGGAGGUGAUGAGCUGUACAACGGCUCCCUGGCUGACGACUUCCUUUACGACCUUCAGAAGGUGGGCAGCAUCAUCACGGCUGAGGAUUUGAAGAAUUAUCAAGCUGAAAUCGUGGAGCCAUUGGAAGUACCAAUCGGAAACGGCGAUGUUUUAUACGCGCCGCCUCCCCCGAGCAGCGGAGCCAUUUUGGUGAACAUCCUCAACAUUCUCCAGGGGUACCAGUUCAACGCCAGCAGCAUCAACACCACGGAAGACAUGAUCCUCACCUACCACAGGAUACUGGAGGCGUUUAAAUUCGCGUACGCGACUAGGACGAAACUGGGCGACCCUGACUUUUUGGAUUUGAGCGCGUUGAUCGGCAAUGUGACCGACCCGUUAUACGGCUCGGCCAUCCGACUCCGCAUCAACGACUCCUCGACCAGCAACGACACAGACACCUACGGCGCCACGCAGUACAGCCAGCCAGACUCUGGCACCGCCCAUAUUUCCAUCAUUGGCACUAAUGGGGAUGCCGUGUCGAUCACUAGUUCCAUCAACUUUUAUUACGGCGCCGGCUUCACAACUCUUAGAACUGGGAUCAUCAUGAACAAUGUGAUGGACGACUUCUCAUCACCAGGGAUCACCAACUACUUUGGCUUGCAGCCCUCACCCGCGAACUUCAUCAAGCCUGGGAAGAGGCCGCUAUCUUCUAUGAGUCCUAGCAUUAUUAGGGACAGGAAUGGAAACGCCAAGAUGGUGAUCGGAGCGUCUGGGGGGACCAAGAUCACUACUGGUGUUGCUUUGGUGAUAAUGCGCAAGCUUUGGCUAGGUCAGACCAUCAAGCAGGCGGUGGACGAGGCUAGGAUCCACCACCAGAUCUUCCCAAUGGAAGUCGGAUACGAGUAUGGCAUUAUUGAGGAUGUCUUAGAAGGUUUAAGAAAGAAAGGACACGGUUUGGUGCGCUAUCGGGGGCGGGGCUCCGUGAUCUGCGCCCUGUACAGAAACCAAACGGGCAUUUACGCAAACGCCGAUUACAGGAAAGGUGGCGAUGUCGCCGGAAUGGACUGAAAAAACUAAUAUAGAUAAGAAAGAAUUUAAACUUAUAAUUCUCAUUAAGACUAACUAUUACUAAUAGCAACCAAAUUUACCUACCGGUACGUGCUAAGAAUAUUGUAUUACAAUAGGUUGGUAUGCGGAAUGUAAGUAGUACGAAAAUGGCGUCCUGUUUACUUUUUUUUCAGUAUUUUUCGUUGCAACCACAAUGAUAUGUUUGAUUUUAUUGUAUUGUAAAGUAUUAUAAGUAGUUCGUUAUCCAGCUAUGAGCCAAUUUUGAUGGUUAGGUACAAUGCAGACCAUGUGAUCAUUAUUUAGUAUUAAUAAUGGCAGUAGGUAAGUUAAGAAUUGAUUGAUUUAUAAAACCUUGUCACAAAGAUAGGUUUUUAUAUCUACCUACUUAAGCGGAGGUCCGCUUUAACGCCUCUAUCUAAAAAUUUGUGAAUAUGUUUAGAAUGAAAACACCAUAAGCUACAUACGACUUUGAUAAGUCGCAUCGACAAUAUUUGAAGACAGAGGAUAGCGCAAC